CUCACACGUUUCAAAGGAGCUGACAGUCCCUCAGCAACCUCUCUUUCACACUUAAAUGCUCUUGCCUUUGAAGAGAAUGCAUCCUUUUUUUUACUAUUCUAUCUGAAUGAAGGCUGAAGCCAGUCUAUAUGCUGGCAAUCGCAGAUCGUGAAUGAUGAUCUGAAGCUCAGUGUUUAAACGAGGCCUGUUCCUCUUGGUGAAAACUCUUUGUUACCUAGUCUGUGAGUGAGACAUCUGGAUGAGAAGCACGGUUGAGAAUUUUUUGUUCACUAAUAGAUAGGACAAAGAAGCUUCACACGCCUGACUGAUUUAUAGUGCGUCACCUUUUAGACCGAUGGACUGGCAAUCGCUGUGUCUGCAGUGUUGCUGAUAGCCAAGCUCUGAAUUCAUGCUGCUAAAGGAUUCUCACAUUUAUAGCUAAAAGAACUCUGCUGUUUUUCAUUCAAGAUCUAAACAGAAGCAAUACAGUGGACAUGGCUGCUUUCAUUAACAAAUUACUGUUGGUAUUUCUAAUCCUUCAGAACAGAUGUAUGUGUCAUGAAAGCACGCACUUUCUCUUAAAGAGACAUCAACGAAGCCCAUGGGCAUUGCAGUCAGAUUGUCCCAAAAGCAGACAUCUGGAGAUUUCACCAAACUCGCCGAACUUUAAGCUUGAAGUUAGAAUGCCUGGAGUAACACCUUCGACGUCAGAUAGCUACUUUUGCACGUUUGUUCCAGUGCCAGCAGGUCAAAAAUCCUACAUAGUUGACUUUCAACCUCAUGCAAACAUGGACAUUGCCCAUCACAUGUUACUGUUUGGAUGCAGCUUGCCAGCCACUAAUGAGGAGUUCUGGGACUGUGGCAGCAGGCAUGGAACUUGUUUACAAAGUGCUGAAAUCAUGUAUGCGUGGGCUAGAAAUGCUCCCCCCACACAUUUACCUGAAGAUGUUGGAUUUAGAGUCGGUGGAAAUACAGGUAUUAACUACAUAGUUCUUCAGGUUCAUUAUGGAGAUGUGACUGCCUUUAGAGAUAACCACAAAGAUUGCUCAGGUGUAUCAUUACAGAUGACAUUUCUUAAACAGCCUUUAAUUGCUGGCAUUUAUCUCCUCAUGUCUGCUGAUACUGUGAUACCACCAAAUGAGAAAGUUGUAAAUGCAGAUAUCGCUUGUUUAUACAAACAGGCCACCAUAUACCCAUUUGCCUUUAGAACACAUACUCAUCAAUUAGGUCAGGUGGUUAGUGGAUACAGAGUAAGAGAUGGAAAAUGGACAUUAAUUGGUCGACAGAGUCCACAGCUACCUCAGGCUUUUUAUCAUGUGGAAAACCCAAUGGAUAUUAAAUAUGGCGACACCAUUACAGCCAGAUGUGUUUUCACAGGCAAAGGAAGGACAACUGUUACACGGAUAGGAAGUACUUCCAAAGAUGAGAUGUGCAAUAUGUAUAUCAUGUAUUACAUGGAUGCUAAACAUGCCCACCCAUAUAUGUAUUGUAUGCAAGAUGGCAGUCCUGAAUUGUUCAAGCAUAUUCCUCCAGAAGCAAAUAUUCCCAUUCCAUAUAACCCAAAUAUGGUUAUGCAAGGACAUCAUACAGAUGAACACCAGACAAAUAAUAAUGAACUCCAGCAACUCAAAAGAGAGGAAGAAGUGGUUCUUGAUCAGGGAAACUUUUAUGCACUCAUUUCCAAGCUCUUAGGGGAAAAAGAAGAUGUUGUUCAUGUGCAUAAGUACAACCCCACACACAAGGCAGAAUCAGACCUAGUUGCUGAGAUUGUUAAUGUGGUGCAAAAGAAGGACCUGGCCUCUGGUCCAAAUGAGUUCUUGGAACUAGAUGAAAGAUCUGCCUCUUCUUUAACAAGAGACAGAGUUCACAAAUUCCACAGGAUAGAAUCUACAGCAAGGCCAUCUGGCAUCACAUUACCAUCAACUCUGCAGCCCAGACCUUGGGUGGACAGCAGGGAAGCUGAACACAGAGUCACACACAUGGAGGAAGUUGUCAACUGGCCCGGAGGGAAACUGAAAUUGGGCCAAGUUUCUGGACUUGCUCUGGAUUCCAGAAAUAAUCUUGUACUUUUUCAUCGAGGAAACCAUGUGUGGGAUGAAAACUCUUUUGAUCAAAAGCAUAUCUACCAGGCCCAGGGUAUUGGUCCAAUUCUGUACAACACUAUCCUCACUUUGGAUCCUGCCAGUGCAGAAGUGCUGAAUGCUGUGGGAGCAAAUAUAUUCUAUCUACCACAUGGUAUAAGCACAGACAAAAAUGACAACUUCUGGGUAACUGAUGUGGCACUUCAUCAGGUUUACAAACUGGGAAGCAGCGGUGACAUUUUGUUAGCUCUCGGCCAAGCCUUUCAGCCAGGAAGUGACAGUUCUCAUUUCUGUAAGCCCACUGAUGUGGCAGUUGAUCCAGUCAGUGGUAAUUUCUACGUGUCUGAUGGCUACUGCAACAGCAGGAUUAUGCAGUUUUCUCCGGAAGGAAAGUUCAUCAUGCAGUGGGGAGAAGAAAGCUCACCAUCAGAGAUUCCUAAACCAGGUCAAUUCUUCAUUCCACAUAGUUUGGCAUUUGUGCCGGUAUUGGGCCAGCUGUGUGUGGCUGAUAGAGAGAACGGGCGAAUCCAGUGUUUUAUUGCACAAUCUGGAGAAUUCGUUCGCGAAAUUCAUCAUCCUGAAUUUGGAGAGCGACUGUUCGCAGUAUCUUACACAUCUGACAAUGGUGGUCAAUUAUAUGCAGUAAAUGGAGAAGCUCUUUUCGGUAAAGGAGUGCCGGUGCAAGGAUUUGUUUUGAAUUUCACAUCUGGGGAGUUACUGGAUACCUUCAAACCAGACACGCAGAAAUUCCUGAUGCCACAUGAUAUUGUUGCGACAGAUGAUAAGAUUGUUUAUGCUGGGGAUAUCCAAGCAAGAACAGUGUGGAAAUUCAUACCAGCGGAAAAAGCUGAGCAUCGUUCAGUGAAGAAAGCUGGGCCUGGUAUCGAAAUGCACGAGAUAGAUGCAACUGAAACUUUCAUAGAAGCAGAAAUAGAAGGGAAGAUGAGAUCGCCUGCCGUGCUGGAGAAACAGAAAAGCAAAAGUGUUCUCAAACAGUCCAGUACUGCCGUUUCUCCCAUCCUUAUUACAUUGCUGCUCGUUAUUCCUGUUGUCAUGUUAGUGGGAAUUGGAGUCUUCAUCCACUGGCGAAAAGGCAAGAUGUAUGGAGAUGAUGUUGACAGCAAAUUGGAGUCCAAGCAGUCAUCGGGAGGAAUCCUGGGGAGACUUGGGGGGAAAAGCAGCAGAGGAUUGAACUUGGGGAACUUCUUUGCAAGUCACAGAGGCUACAGCCGGAAAGGCUUUGACAGAUUGAGUACUGAAGGAAGCGAUCAAGAAAAAGAUGAUGAAGAAGGCACUGACUCCGAAAUAGAAGAGUGUUCUGCACCACCACUUCCACCCACCACCUCAUCCUCUUGAAAAAUGCUGAGGCCCGUUUGAUCUGACAAUAAUACAUUGAGUUUAAUUUAGUUGUCCUAAAAGCUGUAUUCAGGAUUUAUGUUUGAUUGUAGUUGUAUUAUUCCGUUUUUGCCACACAUGUAAGUUCUUAUUUAUUUGUGGAGAGUUUCAUUUCAUGCUUUUGCUAUCAUAUUUAAACAUUCAAGUCAGUUUUAUUCUGGAGACCAGGAUUUAAUGCUGAAGCAAAAUCUGCCGCCUUUGGCCAUAAUGGAUAUUCUUUCAAUGUUACUGCCUUACUUUGCUCGAGCUGUAAACCUGUGUUGGUGCGUUGGUUACUUUUCUCAGCUUGAGGUGUAGCAUUUGGAUACCGUCCUGUCUGGCACUUUAGUUUGAUAUUUCCAGUGUGUAAUAUUGUGCCUUCUCUAUCGAACAUUCUCAGUCUAAUCCAAUCAUACUACAAAAGGGAAGCAAGGCUGCUACUUUUUUGUCUUAGUUUAUAUCUAUAACUGUCUUGUUUACUGGAGAAAACUGUUUAUACAGCGAAUUGAUCUGUAUAUACAGUAAAAGAUCACUUUUGAUGUAUUCAUAGUAAAUGUCAAAUACUUUAGUUCUGGGGAAAAUUGUUAUUUUGUCAGAGCACUAUUUUCAGGCGCUGAAUGUAAUUUGUGUAAUAAAGUGUUCA